AUGACCAAUAAAGGUGGUAACACAACUACUAAACAAAUUAGAGAAAUUCUGAAUUUUAAUGACGAGUUGAAAUGGAAACAGUUUUCAAGUAGACGAUUGGAACUCAUCGAUAAGUUCAAUCUAAGCCAUUUUAAGGCAAGUGAACAAGACUAUAAUAUUAAACAGAUUGCAACUAUACUGAGGACAGAAUUCGGAUAUCCAAUAAAAUAUUCACAAGAGUUUGAAAAAUUAGUGACAGCUGCUGUUCAAUCAGUCAGAAGAAACAGGAAAAGAUCAAGAAAUAGAUCCUCCUCUACUUCCUCGAACUCAUCAGGAGAACCAAGUAGUAAAUUUAGGAACCUCAGUAAUAAAAUCCUGGGUCCCAACAUAGGAAGCCCAGCAUUGCCUCCCGUUCAGACAGAUUCGUACCAACCUAUCCAGCCAUCAAAUGGACUAUACAUUUAUCAUGGACCCGUCCAAAAUAAUGCCCCGGUAUUAGCACCAAAUAGCAACUUUACCCAGACACCAAAUCUCACCGGGAAUAAUAAUACGCCAUUUCAAACCUUCCCUGCAAAUCAUUACAAUCAAUCAAUAAAUCCUGUACAACAACCUGUCUUCAAUAAUGCUCAAACUACCUUCAUCCAUCAACCUGGUAAAAUUGCUCCUUCAUAUAUACAAUCACCAUUCCGACAUCAGAAUAUGCCCCAGAUUCAUCUACCAUCUACCAAUAAUGCAGCUAUACGACAUGAUGAUAGGGGAAAACCUAUACGAUCAGCUAGUAUAGAGAAUUUAACCAAUAGCAAUGGUAAUAAUAAUACUUUAUAUCUUAUCCUAACGGAAAUAAUUCAUAAUACAAUUCCCUUAGCAGAACAGGCUAAAAGCUGUAACUAUAAUCCAAUUAAUAUUAUUCCCAAUAUAUCUGAAUUUCCCAAUGCUAACGCCAUUCCGGAUCAAAAAACUACGAACCAUGAUUCAAAUUCAAUUCCAUUUUUCUUGAGAGAAAAAAUUCUGAUUGAUAUUCAAAGAUCAAGAACUUGCUUGAAAAUAUCCCAAUCUUUGGCAACUAAUGAUAAUAAUAUCAAUUCUUCAAACUUUAAUUUAUUAACUUUGGGAGAAUUGGCAAUAAAAAUUUCAACAACUUUUGUUAUCGAAAGAUUUUUCGAAGAUUUGCCAUUAUCAUCAACUGAAUAUAUUACUUCAAAAAUCGUAUCAUUAGAAAAUUUAAAGGAUAUAUCUAAAAUGUUAUUUGGUCCCGCAACAAGAUAUAACCUUAGUCAAAUGGAAACGAAAAUCUUGUAUUUAUUGUUAGGUGGUAUAGUGAAAGAUUUUGGCUUUGACCCCACUCUCUAUCCAUUGAGUGAAAUAAUUUAUCAUAUCAUAAUGACUAGAUAUCCAUUAGGAUCAAAUGUUAGUAAAAAUACCUCUCCUAAUUCUAGUAAUGCGACCACUGCCACAACUACAGCUACUUCUAACACUUCGAACGCCGUUGUUCAAACUUUAAAUGGAUUUCCACCUAUGAACGCAAAUAUGGCCUUGCAAUAUGUAUUGAUCCCACCAAAUAAUACUCAAACGCCUCCAUCGAUGAACCAUCAACAAUUUCAACAUAGAAAUGUUAUUAUGUCAAGUUUACCAAUGAAACCUCAAUUGGCAAAUCAAGACGUUAAUAAGAAAGUGAUUCUUAAAUUUAAAAACCAAGAACAAAAUUUUGUUUUCCCAUUAUUAUCUAACUCUCCUCCUACAAUCAUUGAAAUAUUAGAAAACUCCAAAAAUCUAUUCAAGAUAUCCAACCCAAACCAAACAAUUGGAAUCUUUUGUAAUAACAUAUUCAUCACAGAUGAUUACAAAUUAUCGCAACUAUUUAAUACAUUCACACAUGAACAUCUUAUCUUAGAACUUCGGGAGUUGAGGACUUUAAAUCAAGACGUAUCCCACCACAAUUCUAUUAUUUCAAAUGAUAAUAUCAAGAAACAACCUACAAUUUUGCCCACUAAAAUUAUGUCACCGCCAUCAACGCAAUUACCCAAUAUUCAAAGUCCAAGAUCUUUGCAAGCGACAAUACCAACUGUCCCAUCAAAUCAUUUCACGACAAGAACAGAUUCGUCAGAGCCUAGAAAGUCAACAUCGUUACCACCAAUUAAAGGUCAAAAAAAUGAGGUCUCUAAUAUCACUAACAACCAGAAUGUUUCAACUAAACUUCAUGGUUUAAAGUUAAUGGUGUCAACACCUGCAAAACCAAUUGAUGAUAAUGAAGAUUUUUCACCAAAGACAAAUCCAAUUGCUUUACCAUUACUUCAAACUAUUAAUACCUGUACACAUGACGGCAAUAACGUUGGUAAUAAUGAAGAAAAACAGGGAACGCCUUCCAUUAAUAGUGAGACCUCAAAAGAUGCCAGCGAACAAAAUCCGGCUGUUGCUUCUGUGAGCAAAGUUGAAACAUGA